AUGGACAUUCCAAGGCCUGCUGAAGGGGAUGUUGAUAUUGGAACUGGGACGUUCGCGGCCUGCUGGGUCCUGACGGCCGUGGUCGGCGUGGCAUUGUUGUUCCGUUAUGCUAUCAAAAUAUGGGUUCGCUGGGCUUUGCCUCAGGUUACUGCGCCCGGGAGAGUUUGGGGUAUUGAAGAUUUAUUCUUCCUCGUCGCGUAUGGCUUUGAUGUAACUCAUAUGGCCUUUAUCCAGAAAAGCGCCAAUUGGGGUCUUGGUCGCCAUUUCUUCUACUUGACCAAUGUAGAAAGAUUCCAUGCCAUGAAAUGGGACUUCCUAUCCCAGCCAUUGGCCGUCAGCUCAGCCAUGAUCUCUCGAACGGGGAUGAUGUGGUUUCUACUGACUUGUUUCGCUGCAAGUGACAAGAAAAUCCGUAUAUCUAUCAUCGUCUGUGCUAUUGUACAACUUGUGGCAAAUAUGGUCACUAUUGUUCAGAUUGUUGUUCAGUGCGGUCCAAACCCGUAUUAUGUGACUAAUCGCGUACAAUACUUCCACUAUAUGUGGACUCCUUUACCUGAAGAUGGCUCCGUCCAAUGUCAAUCACCGACUGUCCAAACCACUGUCGGCUUUGUGCAAGGAGGAUUCAACACCGUCAUUGACUACUUCCUCGCUGUUCUUGCAGCUGUGGAACUAUGGCAGUUCUUCCUGCGAACCCUUCACCGCAACCCUAACUUAUCCUUCUGGUCCCAGUUUGGCAGGAUUAGUGGCACUAUCCGAUCCCGUCGUAUUUGGCAGACCCUUACUCUCAGCGGACCACUACUUCUUUCCGGUUGUGCUUCUAUUGUUAAGACCUAUAAACUGAAAUCCCUCGGUGACAGGGCGGACUUCACCUACAACAUUGUUACCUUUGUUCUUUGGGUAAAAAUCGAAAACUACAGCAUCCUCCUCGCAUCUUGUGCCCCAGUAGCGCGUCUCUUCCUCCGUGCCUUCGUCGACCACCGACGCGAAGGCCGCUCACACGGCUACUGGUCACGCUCCCGCUCAUCAGAAAAUAAAGACCAUGACACAGAGCUAAAACGUCGUCGGGCCCGCGCCAAAGAUCAAUGGCUUGACUCGUCGAUGACCGGAACGAACAUUAACGCGAAUGAUGAAGAGAAUCCUGCUACUCAAUGGGAGGGGCAUGGAUAUGAACGGUCCGAGAGCCGGGUUUCCAAGGCUAAGAUGCCUGAGCAUCUUGAUGAUGGGUGUGUUACUAUUAAAACUGAUAUUGUUGUUCAGGUGGAUGAUGGGAGGUCUACUUCAUCUGGUGGAGCGAGGUUGUUACCUGACGGUGGUGAGGGGCAAUCAGAUCGAGGGUAUCAUUGA